AUGUCACAACUGGCUGAUCCUCUCUUUGACGUCUCGGGCAAGGUAGGCCUACUCAUCGGUGGUGGAGUAUUCUUUGAUUUGUUUGAGCCAGCGAGAGUUCGAUUACCAACAAUAGGUGUAUGUUUGCAAUAUUCAAAGUUUGGUUGGGUAGUGACAAAAGAAAUGGCUACUAUCUCACUCUUGGCUAAACGUUCUAUUGGACAAGCAUGUGAGAGCAGCUUCAGAAUCUUGCGUAAUGAAGAGCUUGAAGCAUACCAAACACCAUCUAAGUCCAACAAGAGAUGUAUUGAAGAACAUAGAACUUUGAGUCAUUUUGAAGAAACCUCGAGACGAGAUGAGACGGCCCAGUUUGUGUUACGGCUGCCAUAUAAACCUGAAAAACCGAAGGCUUCAAAAGAACGAAGAGCUGAAGAUUCAAUAUACCAAUUUUAUGGAAGAAUAUCUGAGAACGCAGGUCACACGGAUAGAGUGUGCGAAAAGGUAGAUCAACCAGAAUUUUUAUUCUAUCUUCCUCGCCACCCAGUAAUUAAAUUUUUGAGGCUCACAACAAAACUGCGAGUUGUAUUCGACGCUUYAGCUAAGAGUUCUUCGAAUGUAUCACUGAAUGAUGUUCUUAUGUGUGGGCCGACAGUGCAAGAGGAUCAUCUAUUUUCAAUUUUGACAAGGUUUCACAGAUAUCAAUUUGUUAUAACAGCAGAUAUCGAAAAAAUGUUUAGACAAAUAAAGGUGGAUCCAGAAGAUCAAGAUUUUUAG